AUGGAAAUUGAUUCUGUCGCCAGGAACACUGGAAAAGAAGAAGAAUUUCUGAUUGAAAAUUUCAGAGGCGAGACUCUAGAGUUAGUGGUCGAGUACUGCAAGAAGCAUGUCGAUGGUACUUUUUCCUCUGAUGAGGAGCUUCAGAAGUGGGACGACAACUUCAUAAAAUCUGACUGCUGCUUGGAACUCUACAAGGUAACCGAGGCUACAGAUUACCUAUGCAUUAAUAGUCUGGUUGAUCUAUGCUGCCAAACAAUUGCUGAUCUGAUCACAGCCUGCAAAACUCCAAGUGAGAUUCGUACCAAAUUCAACAUCAUCAGUAGCGAUUUUACUCCGGCGGAACAAGACUAUGUUUGCAAGAAGAAUCAAUGGGCGUUUGAAUCCAAAGAUGUUGCAUUUACUGUCUCAACAUACGCUCGUUUUCUUUUCCGGCGUUCGAGGAUAAGAGGUGGAAAAGACCCAGACUCCUUCCCUGAUCAUUUAAUUGAGGAUGUGUUCACGCGAAUGCCUGCCAAAUCUAUAGCAAGAUGCUGCUGUGUCUCAAAGGCCUGGGCAUCGAUAAUUAGCUGUCCAUCUUUCACAACCUUGUUCUCGAGCCGAGUAAGCCCUCAGCUAUUGUUCGCUUGCAGUCAAAAAGUAACCAACAGCGACUACAGUGUUGACGGGAAACUGUUUUUUCUGUCUUCACCUUUGCCUCAGACUCUUGAAGGCUUCUCUUCUACUCUACCAGUCAAUCAUCAGACGGAUUUAUCUCUUCUAAGGGGUGAAGAGGAAACCAAUGUCUCCGUCAAUGGUUUGGUAUUGGGUGUACAAGAGAAACCAUUCACUGAUAAUAAGUAUACAAUGUGUGAGUGUGUGAUACACAAUCCGAGCACUAGCAAGUCUAUUACUUUGCCCACAUUGUUUCCGGCAAGGAGGCGUCAGUUUGAGAAUACGCGAAGGGCGCUUGGAACACAAUGCUAUUUUGGUUAUGAUCCCGUUGGCAAAAAGUACAAAGUUUUGUCCAUGACAACAAUGGCCCCUGAUGGAGACGGCAAUGCAUUAUCUAGACGCCAUCAAUGUCUGACAUUAAGGGGUGGAGAUGAUUUACUGUGGAGAAGUAUCCAUUGUGGCAUAGAACACUUCCCGAUAGAUCAUGAUCCGAUAUGCAUUAGUGGCCAUAUUUUUUAUCUAGCUGCCCAGAUGAUCAAUGCCGAGAUUUCUAUGGUAGUUGAUUUCGAUGUGAACUCUGAAAAGUUCACAUCGAUCAAGUAUUUCGACAAAACACUUUCGAUGACACGAUGGGAGAGCACAUACAAGGACAUGGCAACUCUAUUCAACUUCAAUGGGAAGUUGGCUUCUCAUGUAACUCUCGAGCAUAUGAAGAGUUUUGAACUCUGGCUUUUAGAUGACCCCACAAAUCAUAGAUGGUCAAGACAGUUUCACCAGUUUCCAGAUGUUUCUUUGAACUGUGAUCCUUACAUUAUGUGUUUUGCUGGAGUGACUCACGGCAAUGAAGCCGUGUGGGUGCCAUUUACUGUUCCUGACGUGCCUCCUCUCUCAGUGCUGUUUUACAAUUUAGAGAGAAAGACCGUGAAGUCAAUACAGUUCAGAUCUUCAUCAUUAUUUGAGGGUAAUAGGUUUCUUACAUCAUUAAACCAUAUUGAGUGCAUGAGAAAUCCGUGGGAGGAUUCUAAAGGAGUCGCAGUUUUGAAGAGCAGCGAGGGUGUUAACGGGACUAUCGUCUUCACCCAGGAAGGAGAAGAAUGUGUAACCUCUGUGACUGUAACAGUUUCUGGCCUUAAGCCUGGUGUCCAUUGUAUCCGUGUCCACAAUGUCGAUCUAAAAGAGUUCCAUGUUGAAGACGACGGAACUGCCAACUUCACAAUCACUGAUGCCUGCCAGAUUGCUCUUACUGGACCAAACUCUAUUUCUGGAAGGUCUGUUGUUAUCCUUGCCUACCCUGAUGACUUGGAAAAAGGAAGCCAUGAACCCAGCAAGGCUACAGGAGAAGCAGAUGGACUUGUUGUCGCUAACGGUGGCAUUGUUCUUCAGGGCUAAGGUGUUAGGUUUUUGAAGAAGAGAUUUCUGUAAUAAGGAGAUCCUACCUAAGUAGUUUGUUGAAUCAUUUUGGUUUUGAUUGUUUGUUUCGUUCUAAGUCGGUCUCGAUUUGAGUAUCCUUAACUUGUCAAUGAUACAGCUUCGAGAGUUGAGUUUAAGUUUUGGAUUUUGAUCGGUUCCAGUUUGGAUAAAUCAUAAAUAACUAUAAUUACAACCAGGUUGUUUCAGAAACUAGUCCUCUAUAAGUUAUGUGUCAGCUGGGUAUGUAU